AUGGCUUCAAGAUUCCCCCAUUCAGCCCUCCACCAGCGAGACCCCAGAUCAUCGUCGAGUUUGUUUGAUUCCUAUAGCGGAAGUAAGGAGAGGAAUCGCCCAGCCAGCCGAUAUCAGGGUUAUGGUGGAGGUGGGUAUAACGCUGCGGAGUCGUCGAAUGGGCAGAUAAACGGAGCGUUUCGGUCUGCCACGCCGAACAAAAAAGGGCAAUACUCGGAUGCAGUUCUAUCGUCUCUAGAGUCCCAAAAUGAUUCAGAGGUCGAGGGUAUAACCGCAAAGGUGAAAAUGUUGAAGGAUAUUACCAUGGCCAUCGGCGACGAGAUCCGCGAAUCCUCCGCCCUCGCGGAUAAAAUGAACGACACGUUUGACAAUACUCGCGUUCGACUCCGCGGCACCAUGAAUCGAAUGCUACGAAUGGCGGAGCGCACUGGUGUUGGAUGGAAAGUCUGGCUAGGCUUCUUUGUUGCAGUUUUCAUGCUGUUCACCUAUGUCUGGCUAUUUUGA